AUGAGUGAGAGAGACGUACAAAGCCUGAGCAGAUGGGUUUUCGUGCUCACUCUCUGCCUUUCCACGCUGUGGGGAAGACUGACGCUGGCCUCCACCCACCACAGAAGCCAUUCAGUACACGUGGAGCCCGGCACGUGUGAAGUCAUUGCAGCUCAUAGGUGCUGCAAUAAGAACAAGAUCGAGGAGCGCUCCCAGACGGUGAAAUGCUCCUGCUUCCCAGGGCAGGUGGCAGGGACGACACGGGCGGCUCCCUCCUGUGUGGAUGGUGAGUACCCCAUGGCCAGGUACCGUGAACCCCGGCUGCGGCUUCCCCCUCCGUCCGGCCAGUGCAGANNGCUGCCCGACCUCUCGGGCUGGAGCUGCAGUAGCGGCAACAAAGUGAAGACGACCAAGCUGUCCCGGGAGCGACUGCCCGCUCCGGACUGCGGCAGCAGCCUGCUGGGUCUGGGCAGGACCCGGCAGCAGGAGAAGCUGGAG